AUGUCUAAUCAUCAAAGAAAUCAAAAUCAAAAUCAAAGUUUUACCACUACUGGUGGUAAAAAUCCAAGACAAAUUCAUAUUGCUCAUAGAAGAUCUCCAAGUGAAUUAACAAGUUUAAUGAUUGAACAAAUCACUUUACAACGUCAAUUAGAAUUGGUUCAACAACAACAACAACAAAUUUUAUCUCAACAAGGUGGUGGUGGUGGUAAUAAUAAUAAUGGUCAACAACAAUCUUUCCAACCUCCUCAAUCUCAUAGAAGAUCUGGUUCAAAUACUCAUAGAAGAUCUCAAUCUUCAAUGACUGGUGCUAUGGGUAAUUUUGCAAUGCCAAAUUCUUUAGCUCCUGCUCCAAAAAUUAGUUCAAAUUUAAAUAAUAAUAAUUCUCCUCCAAAUCAAUCAACUUUAGGUCAUUCAAGAAGACAUUCUUUAGGUUUAAAUGAAGCUAAAAAAGCUGCUGCUCAAGUUCAAGCUCAAAGAAGUGGUCAAUCUCAAUCUCAAUCUCAAUCUCAAUCUCAAUCUCAAUUUAAUCAAGUUGAAAAUGAUGAAAAUGUUUCAAUGCCUCCUCCUUCAGGUUUUAAAUUCCCUUCAACUGUUAUUGAUGCUCCUUCUCCUUCUCAAUCUAGUUCAGGUUUAUCAAGACGUCCUUCAAAUGGUGGUAAUUAUGGUGGUCAUGGUCGUUCAAGAUCAAAUGUUUCUCAUUCUCCUCAAAGAUCCUAUCAAUUCCCACCAAAAUCUCCUCAACAACAAUUUACUAUUGAUCAAUCUUUAGCUCCUCCUCCUCAACAAUAUUCUUAUCAUGAACGUCGUCAAUCUGGUAAUUAUAAUCAUAAUCAUAAUCGUUCAAAUUCAAGAAAUUUUGAUUCAAAUAUUAAUUCAAAUUGGAGAUCUCAACAACAAAAUUCAAGACAAUUAUCUCCUCAAAGAAAUUUAAAUCAUUUAUCAAGUCCUUCUCAACAAUUUGAUAAUAAUUCCAAUUUUUUGGAACCUCCAACUCCAAUGUUUACACCUGGUCAUAGAUCAAGAGGUUCUCAUGGUGGUAAUUCAAUUUCUUCAUUAAGUGGUUUCCAAUUACCUGGUCAAGUUGGUGGUAGAAAAUCUUUAUUUGCUCCAUAUUUACCUCAAUCUUCAAUUCCUGAAUUAGUUGCUGAAGGUCGUUUAGUUGUUGGUACUUUAAGAGUUAAUAAAAAAAAUCGUUCAGAUGCUUAUGUUUCCACUGAUGGGUUAUUAGAUUCUGAUAUUUUCAUUUGUGGUUCAAAAGAUCGUAAUAGAGCUUUAGAAGGUGAUUUAGUUGCAGUGGAAUUAUUAGCUGUUGAUGAAGUUUGGGGUUCAAAACGUGAAAAAGAAGAAAAAAAAAGAAGAAAAGAUUUUAAUAAUAAUGGUAAUAAUAAUAACAAUAAUAAUAAUAACAAUUCAAAUUUAAAUUCAAAUUCUUCAAAUGUUGUUAUUGAUGAUGUUCAUAAUGAUGCUUCAACUCAUUCUUCAGGUUCAGGUUCAUUACCUUCAUCAAAUGAAUCAAAUGAUUUAAAUAAUAAUGAUGGAGAAAAAUCAAUUGGUAAUAGUGAAGGUUCGCUAAAGAGAAAAGGUUCAUUAAAACAACGUCCAACGUUGAAAAAAAAUGAUGAUGUUGAAGUUGAAGGUCAAUCUUUAUUAUUAGUUGAAGAAGAAGAAAUUAAUGAUGAAUAUAAACCAUUAUAUGCAGGUCAUGUUGUUGCAGUUAUUGAUCGUAUUCCUGGUCAAUUAUUUGCAGGUACACUUGGUUUAUUAAGACCUUCUCAACAAGCUAAAGAUCAAUCAACUCCUUCAAGACCAAAAAUUGUUUGGUUUAAACCAACUGAUAAAAAAGUUCCAUUAAUUGCUAUUCCAACUGAACAAGCUCCAAAAGAUUUUGUUGAAAAUCAUGAUGUUUAUUCAAAUAAAUUAUUUGUUGCUUCAAUUAAACGUUGGCCAAUUACUUCAUUACAUCCAUUUGGUACAUUAGUUUCAGAAUUAGGACCAAUGAAUGAUCCUCAAACUGAAGUUGAUGCAAUUUUAAGAGAUAAUAAUUUUCUUUGUGAAGAAUAUUUAGAUGAAAAUGGUGUUGAACGUGAAGAUUUUGAAAUUAAUGAAAUUGAUUAUGAAUUAGAAUUUGAAAAAAGAAGAGAUUUUUCAAAUGAAUAUGUUUUAGCAAUUAGUGAAACUGGUAUUACAAGUGAUAAUGCAUUACAUGUCAAGAGAGUUUCAAAUGAAAAAAUUGAAUUAGGUGUUCAUAUUUCAGAUGUUUCAGCUUUUAUUAAAGAAGGUUCAUUAUUAGAUAAAAAGGCAAGAAAAAGAUCAAGUUCAGUAUUUUUAGCUCAAAAAACUGUUCAUUUAUUACCAAAUUCAAUUAAUGAAAUUUUAAGUUUUAAAAAAAAUGAAAAAAAUUUAUCAAUUUCUGUUGUUUUUGAAAUUGAUACAAAUAAAUUUGAAGUUGAUAAUGUUUGGAUUGGUGAAUCUUUUAUUAAACCAAAAAAUAGAUUAACUUAUGAUCAAAUUGAUUCAAUUUUAAUUAAUGAAGAAAAUGAUGGAAUUUCAUCAGCAUCAAAAGAUUAUAUUAGAACUAUUGCAUUAAUUUCAAGAGAAUUUCGUCGUCAAAGAUUAGAAAAUAAUGAAUUAAAUAAUGAUGAUAAUUUAACAUUAAUUGAUCAAAUUGAUGAUGAAAAAAUUAGAUUACAUUUAAAUUUAUUUAAAUCAAAUUUAACUUCACCAAUUUUAAAUGAAAUUUUUUUCAAAGUUAAUGGUACAAUUGCACAAAGAAAUCAUUCUAUAUUGGGUGAUUUAGCAUUUUUAAGAAGACAAACUAUACCAACUUUAACAAAAUUAGAAACUUUUAAAAGAAAAAUUAAUAAUUUAGGUAUUAAAAUUGAUACAAGUUCAAGUUCAUCAUUAAUUAAUUCAAUUUUAUCAAUUAAAGAUGAAACUAUUAAACAAAGUAUUGAAGUGUUAUUUUAUAAAACUUUAACAAGAUCAAAAUAUUUUGUUGCAGGUAAAGUUGAACCAGAAAAUUAUGGAGCAUUUUAUUUUAAUUUACCAUUAUAUACCCAUUUUACAUCACCAUUAAGAAGAUAUUCAGAUUUUAUUGUUCAUAGACAAUUAAAAUUAACUUUAAAUGAUGAUGAAACUUUAAAGCAACAACAACAAGCUGAAAUUGUUAAUAAUGAAGAUUUAGAAUCAUUAAAGAUGACUGCAGAAUAUUGUAAUUUUAAGAAAGAUUGUGCAAAAUCUUCACAAGAUCAAUCAAUUCAUUUAUUAUUAUCACAAACUAUAAAUGAAAUGAGUAAAAAAACUGGACAAUUAAUUGUUGUUGGUAUUGUUUUACAAGUUUAUGAAAGUGCAUUUGAUAUUUUUUUACCAGAAUUUGGUAUUGAAAAAAGAGUUCAUGGUGAUCAAUUACCAUUGAAAAAGGCUGAAUAUGAUAAGAAUAAUGGAAUUUUAGAAUUAUAUUGGGAAAAGGGUAUUGAUAGUGGUACUUUCAUUCCAGAAGAUGAACGUGAACCAUUAAGUUAUAGAAAUUCAAUUAAAAAUAAAUUUAAAACAAGUGCAAAUGAAAUUGCCAAACAUCAACAAGAAAAAUUAUCAAAUAAUUUAAUUUCAAAUAAAUUAUCUGAAGAAUUAGAAAGAUUAAAAUUAUCACCACCAAAUUUCCAAAUUCCUCAAGUUAAUGAUAAAGAUGAAAUUUCACAAUCAUUACCAACUACACCAAUUGAUCAAAUUACAUCAUCAAAAAUUUUACCAAAUGUUAAUGAACGUACAUUAUCAAGUUCAACAUUAAAUAAAUUUAAAGAUGAAAAAAUUGGAUCAAGUGCAAUUGAUUCAUAUUUAAAUAAUUUAAAUUUAAGAAUUGAAGGAGAAGAUUAUAUUCAAGAAAUUCAUGAAUUAAGUUCAAUUCCAAUUUUAUUAAGAGCAGAAAUUGGUAUGGCAUUACCAUGUUUAACAGUUCAUGCUAUAAAUCCAUUUACAAAUGUUGAAUGA